UCUGUCUGUCUUGGAACUGUGCAACAUCAACACCACGCCAUUCCAUCCAUAGCUCUUCAGGAAUAACCACGUGAUGAUCGUCUUCAGCUGUUCACCAUUCAAUUUAUUUGUUCGUUACUUCUUCAGCUCAGCUGUUUAGUAGUUUUAGUUGAGUUUUAGUUUGGUACUUUGGUAGACUCUCAGUCAGUUUGAGUGUGUAGUGUUUGAAAGCGUGUCCAUGAAGUAAACUGCGGUAUUGUAACCGCUCACAAUAACUGCGAAGAUUCCUACAGUGUACAGUGUGCUACAGUAACUUUGUUGUUUUAGAAUGCCAGAAACCGUUUCUUUGUUGAGAACUUGCGUUCAUUCCUAGUUUAUUUCGUUUUUCAUAAAUAAAAUGCUAUGGCGUUUGGCUUAGUUGUGCAAACAAAACUGUGCUGUUGAUUACUUUAUCAGCUCAUAGAAUAAUUGCCAGAAUUGCAGAGCAAUUAGUAUUCAACAUCGUCUGAUCAGUUUUUAUUGGCAUUCAAAAUGAAGUUCGCCGAACAUUUAUCUGCUCACAUAACUCCGGAAUGGCGCAAGCAAUACAUAAAUUACGAGGAGAUGAAAGCAAUGAUCUACAUUGCUGUGGAGGAAUCUCCAUCAGCUGAAUCAGCUGAACCAGAGGAGGUCAGACGACAUUUUGCAAACUUCGAUGAAAUAUUCUUUCACUAUUGUGAGGAUGAACUCAAAAAAAUCAACACAUUUUUCUCAGAAAAGCUCGCGGAAGCUACUCGAAAGUUCGCCACCCUUCGAAUGGAAUUGUCCAACUCGUUGGAAGCAGGUCGCAAGGGCAAGACGAGCAUCCUGUCCAGAAGCCGAGGCGAUGUUCCGACCAGGAAGCUCCAGGAGCUCAAAUUGGCCUUCAGCGAGUUCUAUCUGAGUUUAAUUCUACUCCAGAACUACCAGAAUCUCAACUUCACUGGCUUUAGGAAAAUUUUGAAAAAACAUGAUAAGCUAUUAUCGGUGGACCUGGGAGCCAAGUUCAGAGCCGAACAUGUGGAGCUGGCUCACUUCCACACGAACAAGGACAUCGAACAGCUAAUCAGCGAGACAGAGAACACGGUGACGCAGGACCUGGAGAGUGGCGACCGCCAGAAGGCCAUGAAGCGACUGCGGGUUCCCCCCCUCGGCGAGCAGCAGAGCCCGUGGACCACGUUCAAAGUCGGCCUCUUCUCCGGGUCCUUCAUUGUACUCUUCAUAGCUGUCAUACUGUCUGCAGCAAUCUUCCACGAGAGCACGUCGGACAACUUCAUGACAGUGGCGCGGCUCUACCGCGGCCCUCUGCUGAUCGUGCAGUUCCUCUUCCUGAUCGGCAUCAACGUCUACGGCUGGCGGUCGUCGGGAGUCAACCACGUCCUCAUCUUCGAGCUAGAUCCCCGCAACCAUCUCUCCGAACAGCACCUCAUGGAGUUGGCCGCCAUUUUGGGUGUGGUGUGGACGCUCAGCCUGCUCAGUUUCCUGUACAGUCCUUCGCUGAGCAUUCCGCCCUUCGUCAAUCCGCUGUCACUCGUCUUCAUCAUGAUUGUCUUCACCAUGAAUCCCAUGCGAACGUUCCGACACGAGGCGCGAUUCUGGCUGCUCAAGAUAUGCGGAAGAAUGAUAGGAGCUCCUUUUUUCAGAGUUGAGUUCGCUGAUUUCUGGCUGGCCGACCAACUCAACAGUCUGGCCACCGUAUUUCUCGACCUCCACUUCCUAGUCUGCUUCUACUACACAAACAGUGACGUGCUCGAGUCUUCUGAAGUGCAAAUGGUGGACUACUCGAGUGACUUCACGUACUUGUGGACCCGCAGCGUGGUGGGUUGCAUUCCGGCGUGGAUUCGCUUCGCACAGUGUCUGCGGCGUUACCGUGACUCCAAGGAGGCCUUCCCUCAUCUUGUCAACGCCGGCAAAUAUUCCGUCACCUUCUUUGUCGUCGGAUUCAACUUUAUGAUCCGCCUAUCAGCAGCUCAAUACAAGGACAAAUGGGAAAACCCUUACAUGUACCUUUGGUUAGCAGCCUGCCUCAUAAAUUCCUUGUACACAUAUACGUGGGAUAUUCGCAUGGAUUGGGGUCUGUUCGACAGACAUGCUGGAGAAAACAAAUUUCUUAGAGAGGAAAUCGUCUAUUCAAGUACUGGGUUUUACUACUUUGCUAUAAUAGAAGACCUUGUUCUGAGAUUUGCGUGGGCUUACUCGUUUAUUCUGACUGAAAUGGGACUCAUCAACCCAGAAGUGAUGCUUUCGCUAACCGCUCCUCUUGAGGUUUUCAGGCGAUUUAUGUGGAAUUUCUUCCGUCUUGAGAACGAGCAUCUCAAUAAUUGCGGUAAGUUCCGUGCAGUGCGCGACAUCUCAAUCGCGCCGAUCGACUCUAGUGAUCACACGCAGAUCAUCCGCAUGAUGGACGACGAGAACGGAGUCAUUAACCGCAAGCCACGCAAAAAGUCGCCAAAAAAGUCAACCAAAGAAGAAAAGCGAGCUCUGAUCUCAAAAGAUCCCGAAAACACCAGUCCUGACAUCAGUUUCAGAAUGUGAGCAGUGAUAUCUUUAUGUUAAUUAGUUUUAAGAAAGCUAUGAUAAAAUAAGUUCCUCAUAGGUGGGUUUUCAAAAGCAACC